AUGAUAGACAACUUUGAUUUGAAACUAGAAACUUUACUACAUUGGGUAAAGAACACAGAUGAUGAGAAAAAGAUAUCAAAUCAUACAUAUAUUUCUCCCAAAAUUGAUGUGAAAGAUGUGAGAUCGUCAGGUAGAGGUAUCUAUGCAGUUGAACCAUUGAAGAAAGGAGAAUUGAUUCUUAAUAUCCCACAUUCGUUCUUAUUAAAUUUCACCACUGUUAUGGCACAUAUUGUUAAAUAUAAUGGAAUGGCUAUAGAUCUGCACAUACACGUACCGUUUGAUAAAUCAGAAGAUGAAUACACAGAAAUAUAUCGUACAUUGACAAAGGAAGAGAUUCUAGAACUCUCAUCAUUUCAGUUACUAUCGUUGUACUUGACUUUUGAACGAAAAAGAUCUCACAAAUCGUUUUGGAAACCAUUUUUGGAUAUGUUACCAUCUAUGGAUGAUUUCGAAUUGAUGCCAAUAGAUUGGCCACAAGAAGUAUGCACGCUUUUACCUUCAUCUACUGAGGUCAGAAACAAAAAAGUUCGUUCUCGAUUUGACAACGAUUACCAGGUUAUUUGUGAGUUAAUCAAGACAAAAAUUGACAAAGAUGGAGAUGUGACAACUUUGCUCCCACGUCAAGAAGUGUUAUUAUCAUGGUUGUGUAUCAAUUCUCGUUGCCUUUACAUGGAUUUACCAACAAGCAAAAACUCUGCCGAUAAUUUUACCAUGGCUCCGUAUGUUGAUUUUAUGAAUCAUUCAUGUGACGACCAUUGUACGUUGAAAAUUGAUGGUAAAGGGUUCCAAGUACGGACUACUUCUCAAUACAACACUGGAGAUCAAGUUUAUUUGAGCUAUGGACCGCAUAGUAAUGACUUUUUGUUAUGUGAAUAUGGAUUCGUAAUUCCCGAUAACAAAUGGAAUGACUUGGAUAUUAGCCAAUAUAUUAUACCGCUUUUAAAGCCACCACAUGUGGAAUUUUUAAAGUCGUUUGAUUAUUAUGAUAACUAUACAAUGACAAAAGAAGGAAUCUCUUUCCGAACAGAAGUAGCAUUGGCUACGUUACAAGAGUCUGAUCCUCAAAAUUCACGAAAAUUAUUGGCAUUGAUAAAUGGUUACACCGAUGGAGACGUAUUCAAAGAGCAUUCGAAUGCAUUGCUACUGGUCAUAUUGAAUAAGAUAAUUCACGAAGCAGAAAAACAUCAACACCUUCAAUAUGAUGAUGACAAAAGAAAGAAAGCGAUCGGAACUUUGUAUCACGACAUGAAAUCUAUUGCUUCAAACGUAUUAACAUAUAUACAAGACGAAACUAGUUUAUAA